CCUCAACCUACGGACGCCUCUUGCACCGGCAAGAAGAUGCUUGAAUAACUUGCAUAUCACAUUGUAUCAGGAGAAUCUUCCGCUAGUAGUUCAGCCAUGGAUUCGUUCAAGUCGCUCCAAGACAGCAUCUCGGCCGCACUCGUUUCAACCACGCGCUCCGCGACCCAGAUCGGUGCCGCAGAUAUACCUUUCCAACGCUCCCUCGACCCUGCGCUAGGGAAUGCGCUCGACGAGCAGAAUGCGCGGCUUCUUCAGCUCGCCCAACGCCUUCUGGAGAACGCUGCAGCGAGCUCGGACGCUGUAGGUCCUCGGUUACCCGACGUCGAAGCCAUCGACAGCAAUUGGAGGGGUGUCGUUGAUGUUGUCGACAGCUUACUUGAGAAGGCUGACACAAGCCUUGAUGAGUAUACUGGAGUGGUCAAGCGACUGAGUCCUUCUGUGGACCAAUCCGCAACGGCUCCAAAAUCGCACUUUAAGAAUGCACCGAGGAAUUUCCAGAAACCCCAACUAUCCUUCGAAUAUGUGCCCCAAAACAACGACACUGGCGGCUUUAAACCCUUGAUGACGUCCAAGCCUCAUGCAAAGGUUCCAAUUGAAGAUUGCCUGAAAACAUUCAAGGACAGCAACGACCGCGAACAAUACCCUCAUCCCUACCGAACUGAAAUUGAGACGUACGAAUACCCCCCGUCCAUGUAUCAAACAGCCGAGCCUAUACCAUACAGCCCCUUUGAGUCCUCUAUAGCUACAUUCGUCGAUACCCCUGAAGCCCUUGCCAUGAUGUUAGCCGAACUUAAGACCGCUAGAGAGAUUGCCAUAGAUCUGGAACAUCACGACAACCGAUCCUACAUUGGCAUCGUAUCGUUAAUGCAGGUUAGCACACGAAAUAAAGACUGGAUUGUAGAUACUCUUAAGCCCUGGAGACGGCGACUUGAGUGCUUGAAUGAGGUGUUUGCGGAUCCUAACGUUCUUAAGGUGUUACACGGAGCAUACAUGGACAUUGUGUGGUUGCAACGGGAUCUCGGCCUCUAUAUUGUUGGACUGUUCGACACCUUCCACGCCGCCAGAACUCUAGGGUACACGGGAGCGAGCUUGGCAUUUCUGCUCGAUCAUUUCGUGGACUUCAAGGCGCAGAAGCAGUAUCAGAUGGCAGAUUGGCGGGUACGCCCUCUGUCUGAUGAGUUGUUUACUUACGCAAGGGCGGAUACCCACUUUCUUCUCUACAUAUUCGAUAAUAUGCGAAAUGAGCUUAUUGCAAAGUCCGACUUUUCAGACCCGGAAAAGGACAAAGUUCUCGAUGUCCUCAACAAAUCCCGUGAAACGGCUCUCCAGCGUUACGAGUAUCCUAUCUAUGACGUUGAGCUAGGCCUUGGUCCAGUCGGUUGGUACAGGCUCCUCACCCGCACACCUGUUCAGUACACACCUCAGCAGUUUGCCGUCUUCAAAGCGGUUCACAAAUGGAGAGACGAUGUCGCCCGCCAGGAGGACGAGAGCACAGUUUUUAUCAUGCCGAACCACGCCAUAUUCUCAGUUGCGCGUACACUGCCGGAGGACAAAGCGGCGCUCUUCAACGUUACCCAUCAUGUUUCACCAAUUCUCCGCGCACGGGCAGAUGAACUAGUGAGGGUCAUUACCAUGGCGAAAGCUGCAGGCGAAGACGGGCCUGAUAUGAACGAGACAAUUAAGAAAAUUGAGGAAAUCAAAGGUUCUAGGAAAGCCCAGUUACAGCAUGCUUCAAACAUGGAUGUUGACCCCAUUCCUGCCUCAGCUCCGGCUCCGGUUCCAGCUCUGCAGCAGGCUCCUUUUGUUGCCACACUUGACAAUCCACCGCUCCGCGCACAGACAUCGGCAUUUUGGGGUGUGCUGUGGUCUCAAGCAACCACAGAGCAGCGACAGCCUGUUUCGACCCUUUCAGUUAGCCUUGCACUCCCCUUACCACCACUUACAGCAGAAAUCUUUGCCGAUACGGCCGAAGAUAGUAUGCUAAAUGUUGAAAGACCACAACAUGCCUUCGUCCUUAAGAAGGAGCGACCUGUAGAGGAUCUAAAUGAUGACAUCUUUAUCGUGAGGCAUGUUGGCGGUCGGAAAAGAACUCGUGCAGAAGAGCCUGCGGCCUCAGAGGAUAUUGCAGGGGGCAACGAGAUCGAUGCCGAUCAAAUUAUGCUAGAACUGGGGGACCUGAGAUUCCGCAAGAAGAAAGAAAAGAAAGCACGUAAGAAGGCUCUCAAGAAACAGAGCGCCCUAGCCCAAACAUCAAGCACCGCAGACUGUCUGAACUACGACGACGAACCAGCAUUCGAUUAUGCAGCUGCACCAUCAGUACUCAAUGCGCAAGGUAUGGAUGCAGACCAGGCGCGGAAUGGAAAGAAAAGGAAAGAUAAGAAGAUAAAGAAUCAGGGGUUCAAUCCGUAUGCAAAAUUGCAAGAUGUAUCGAAGGGUUUGCCUCGCAGUCAGAAGGAGAGUGCAGGGCGAAGUAAAACUUUUACAUCGUAAUCGGAUUAUGAUCUUGGGAAGUUGGCGCAUGGUGGUAAUGAUAAGCACUUAGUGUUGGUCUUGUACUACUAUCACUUCCAGUCCUUUCCUACAUCAUGCAUGAAAUUCAAGGUUCAAAG